AUGGUUCUAGCCAACAAUGUCCUUUAUGGGAAUGAAAUUCUUGCUGAUUCUCAUGUCAUACUGGCUGCACAUCAAUUCAAUGAGGUUAGAAAACACGACAAGUCUCCUACAGCUUAUAUCACUCCUGCAACGACACAAUUAGGCAUGAAACAAACUCCAUUCAUGGCAGCGUUUUCAUCCAAAGAUAUAACUGCACCAGGAGUGAGUGUCACAGCAGCCUAUACGAAGGCGCAAGGACCUACAAAUCAAGAUUUUGAUUCACGCCAUAUUUUAUUCAAUUCAGUAUCGGGCACUUCAAUGUCAUGUCCUCGUAUUUCUGGUGUUGUUGGCCUUUUGAAAACCCUUCAUCCAAUUUGGAUUCAGGCUGCCAUUAAAUCCGCUAUCAUGAGUAGUGCUAGUAUUCGCCGUCCAACUGGAAUAUCAGUUUGUAUCAAGCUGGAUACUCUGAAGUUCAAAGAAAUCGGUGAAGAGAAAACAUUCAUACUCACUUUCAAGGCCAGGAAAUCCAAUGCAGCUGGGUACUACGUAUUUGGCCAGUUGACAUGGUCUGUUGGUAAACACUAG